AUGGAGAGUGCAACUGGCUCAAGAAAUGAGUAUGACGUGUUCUUGAGCUUUAGAGGGCUUGAUACACGCCAAACAUUUACCGAUUGUCUUUAUGAAGUCAUGAAAGGCACUGGAGUCCGUGUUUUCAGAGACGACGAUGAAAUCCAAGGAGGGCAAAACAUCAAAGACGAACUUUGGCAAGCGAUUGAGAGCUCCAAAAUUUACAUGCCCGUCUUCUCUAAGACCUACGCGUCAAGUAAAUGGUGCCUCAAGGAGCUGGCGAAGAUGAUAGAGAUUACAUCCCGAUCAAAUGGAACGAAAGAGAUCCUUCCCAUUUUCUUCGACGUGAGCCCAGGUGAUGUCAAGCUUAAAACUUCACUUUACAAAAAUGAAUUAUCCAAUCAUGCGAAGAUGUAUGAAGCUGACAAAGUAAAAGCGUGGGAAAAGGCGCUCAUGGAGGUUGGCAAGCUUAAGGGAUGGAAACCGAGAAACUUAGGCCAUGGCAGACUCAUCACAUCGGUCGUUGAAGAUGUUUUAAUUAAGCUGAACAACAGAAACAAGAUUCUGACCAAACAUUUAGUGGAAGAUCGCAAGCAGGUCGACGCUGUAAUGGAACUGCUGGACAUUAAUUCUGGCGGCACUCAUUCUGUGGGAAUCCGUGGGAUUGGGGGAAUCGGCAAAACGACACUUGCGAAAGUUAUUUUCAACAAAUUAUCCCCUCACUUUGACUGCAGCAGCUUCCUGGAAAAUGUUCGAGAGAUAUCACGACGGUCAGAUGGUCUUGUGUACUUGCAGAAGAAACUCUUAUCAAGCAUUCACCGAUCAAGAAAUAAUGAACUUUAUGAUGUUGAUUGUGGGAUCGACAUGAUAAGAAGACAGCUUUCAAAUAAAAAGGUUCUCAUUGUUGUUGAUGAUAUGGAAGAGAAAGAUCUUCUGGAAAAGCUAGUUGGUGAGUGUGAUGGGCUGAAAUCUGGUAGUAGAGUCAUCAUAACCACUAGGAACUUAAGUGCCAUUCGAAAUGAACCAAAAACAAUCUUGGAUUAUGAAGUCAAGGAAAUGGAAUCCGAUCAAUCCCUUCAGUUGUUUUGUAGACAUGCUUUUGGAAAAGACUUUCCUCCAGGUGAUUAUGAAAGUCUUGCAAGGGAAAUUGUGUCUACUUUGGGGAACCUUCCGUUAGCUGUGGAGGUGAUAGGAUCUUCUCUUUCUUGCAAGCACGACAAUAGAGCUUUAUGGAUAGAAGUAUUGGAGAAGUUAAGGAAAGCUCCUUUGGGGAAAGUCCGAGAAUCGUUGAUGAUAAGUUAUGAAGAAUUAGAGAAAGAACAAAAACAAGUGUUUCUGGAUAUAGCAUGCCUUUUUGUCCAGGAAGAUAAAACUUACCCAAUUUUCAUGUGGAGUGAUUGUAACUACUAUCCUAAUUAUGCAAUUGAUGUCCUUCUUCAUAGGUCCCUGAUAAAAGUUGAAAGCGAUAGCAAAUUCCGGAUGAAUGACCAAGUACGAGACCUUGGAAGGCACAUUGUCCAGGAAGGGGAUUGUAAGUAUCCUAGCAAGUUUAGCAGGGUGUGGACUCAUGAGGAUGCCUUAAACAUAUUAAGGAGUAAGCAGGGAAAUGAACAUGUAGAAGCACUAAAAGUGCGUGGCCAUACAUUUACAGAUGAAGAAUUACUCAAUCUACCAAAUCUAAGGUUCCUUCGAGGGACGGGAUUAAAUUUUGUUGGCAACUUCAAAGAUCUGCUUCCAAUGCUAAGGUGGCUUUCUUGGCAUCAUUUUCCUCCGGAAUUCACAGCAACAAAUUUCUGCCCCAUCAACUUGGUUGUGCUCGACCUGUCCAGUAGCGACAUCACAGAAAAAUGGGGUGGAUGGACUCAAAUCCAGAUGGCAAAAAAGCUGAAAGCUUUAGACCUGAGAAACUGCAAAUGCUUAACAAGGACACCUGACUUGUCAAACUUCGUGGACUUGGAGAUAUUGAUACUCGCUGGCUGCUCCAGGUUAAUUACAGUUGAUUGCUCCAUUGGUAAGCUACGGCUCUUAAAAACUCUGAAUAUGGAUGGAUGUGACUCUCUUAAGGAGUUGCCUGAAGAGGUUGGAUAUUUAGAAUCUUUAAGAGAGUUCAUCUUCCCCAGAUCUUCCAAAUUGGUCACACUCACCGAGAGUGUUGGCAAUUUGAAAUCUUUGUCAAGCUUCAGUGUAAAGUAUUGCAAGGGAAUUGACAAACUCCCAAAUUCCAUCGGAGGAUUAGUAAGAAUCACACAUUUCUCUAUAAAAGGAUGUGAGGGGAUAAAGAAGCUCCCACACUCUCUCGGAGGAUUAGAAUCAUUAGUUAAGUUGGAUUUGUCAUUCUCGGGAAUAGAAAGUCUCCCAGAUUCAAUUGGAAAUCUAAAGAAAAUCAAAGUCAUCGACAUGGGAAGUACAAAAUUAAAAAGUCUACCAGAUGCAAUUGGACAACUGGAGAUGCUCGAAGAGUUACAUUGCCCAGAGUGUCUAUAUCUAUCAGGUGAAGUCCCAAAUUCUAUUGGGAAUCUGUUCCAUUUGCAGAUCUUGGACUUUUCAUGUACUCGUAUUUCCGGAUUGCCAGCCACAAUCACUUAUCCAUCUCACCUAGAAGAGUUACAUGUCCGGGAUUGUAGGGAUCUUACGGGUGAAAUCUCAGAUGCAAUUGGCAGACUAUCCUGCUUGAGGAUCUUGGACUUCUCUGGUACUUGCAUUUCUGGUUUGCCUGCCACGAUCAGUUUUCUCCCUUGCCUUAAAGAACUUGGGUUGAAGGAGUGUGAGGAGCUUCGACUAGUGCCAAAGCUUCCCUCUAGUUUGAUAAGCCUUGUCCUUGAUGCUUAUCAUUGUGAAAUCAUCCCAAACCUCUCGAACUUAGUUACUUUAGAUCACUUGGACUUGUCCUUUCAUAGGUAUAAGCUCAAGGCUCCUUACCAGUUAGAGGAACUUAUGUCCCCUUGGAAGAUUGUAGAAUCCAUCCACCAGCUUCCAUCUAGUUUGUCAACCUUGCAUCUCAUGGAUAUACCGCCACCGCAGCAAUUUUCCAACUUCAUGAACCUGUCGAGAAGUCUUGUUGCGAUACAAGGUCUGGAGGAGUCGGAAUCCUUGGAGUCACUACAGAUCAUCUGCUGUGAGUCAUUAGAAGGAUUACCUCAACUAUCGAAGUUGGUAAAGCUCAAAUCUUUUGAGCUACACGAUUGCCAAGUGUUACAAGCCAUCGAGGGUCUCGGUUGCUUACAACGUUUGAAGCAUUUGACUAUUCUGGGUUGCGUGUCCCUGAAACGGUUGCCUGAUUAUCCGAGGUUCACCAAGCUAGACACUGAUUGGAAAGAACCAGAAACAUCAAGUGCUGAUUAG